AAGGGACCACUUUGAGAGCAGGAAGCCCCGCCUUUAUCCGCCUUUGACGUCAGAGUCGCCAUGGCAAGUUAUCCGUACGGGCAGGGCUGCCCUGGAGCUGCAGGACAGGCACCUGGAGCUCCUCCAGGCAGCUACUACCCAGGGCCUCCCCAUGGUGGAGGACAAUAUGGUGGUGGUUAUGGGGGUCCUGCCCCUGGAGGACCUUAUGGACCACCAGCCGGCGGAGGGCCCUAUGGACAGCCCAGUGCUGGACCUCCAGGAGGACCCUAUGGUGGCGCAGCUCCUGGGGGCCCUUACGGUCAGCCACUCCCAAGUUCCUAUGGUGCACAGCAGCCAGGACCUUAUGGACAAGGAGGUGCUCCUCCCAAUGUGGAUCCUGAAGCCUACUCCUGGUUCCAGUCUGUGGACUCUGACAGAAGUGGCUACAUCUCCAUCAAGGAACUGAAGCAGGCUCUGGUCAACUCCAACUGGUCCUCAUUCAAUGAUGAGACAUGCCUCAUGAUGAUAAACAUGUUUGACAAGACCAAGUCAGGCCACAUUGACGUCUAUGGUUUCUCAGCUCUAUGGAAAUUCAUCCAGCAAUGGAAGAACCUCUUUCAGCAGUAUGACCGGGACCACUCAGGCUCCAUCAGCUACACGGAGCUGCAGCAAGCUCUGUCCCAGAUGGGCUACAACCUGAGCCCUCAGUUCACCCAGCUGCUGGUCUCGCGCUACUGCCCGCGCUCUGCCAAUCCUGCCAUGCAGCUCGACCGCUUCAUCCAGGUGUGUACCCAGCUACAGCUGUUGACUGAGGCCUUUCGGGAGAAGGACACCGCUGUACAGGGCAACAUUCGGCUCAGCUUUGAGGACUUUGUUACCAUGACAGCUUCUCGGAUGCUAUGACCCAACCUCCAAGGACCUUUCCUGGCUCUUUAAUGUGGGAGAAGCAUGUGGGCCUCUCUGUUCCUGUCCCUUUUAGAAAUUCUUCCUUGCUUGAUGCAGCACAGUUCCCAGGGGUUGGAAGGCCUACAUCAUAGCCACCAUAUAGUGAGGCCCUGGCCUGUGGCAACACAGGUAAGAGCUUGAAUGAAAAGAAGACUGGAAGUUGAAUGUUCUGACAGUCCCGAACAGUUGGAUGGCACAGCCCUGUACCGGGGGCAGGAGAUGCCAGUCAUGGCAAUGGAGUUAGUGUCCGGUCAGCUUGUUCUGGCCUCCCGCUUCCCGUCUGUAUCCUGAUGCUAGUAGUAAGCGUUCGUCAGCCUCUCACCAUUAGUCUGUCUUCCCUCACCCAGGCCGUCUUGUCAGAUGAGCCCAGAGCCUAGUUUCUCCACAGUGGAAUCUGAGACUAACAGAGAUUUUCCCGUAGGACCAGCAAUUUGGAUUUUCCAACAUCCACAUCCACGGGUCCUUGUGUGCAAACUUAACUGCCCAGGGCUGUCCCCGCUCAGGGAGCUUGGACAUAUGUCCUCUGGGCAUCUUUGGCCAGACAGUUGCCCUCUGGAGCCUGGACCCUUCUUCCCUUGCCUGCCAUGCUGUGUUCAGCUUCAGUCCCCAGGGGACCAUGUCACCCCUACCGCCAAUGUUUUAGGUUUUUUUUUUUUUUUUUUUUUUUUUUUCUCGUUUUUUUUCACUUGGGGCCAAAAGACCAGUGAAAUUGUAAUCUUCAG